GAACUGAGUUACACUCGGAACCAAUAUGUAUUACAACGUGUUCCUAGGUAGGCGGGGGGGAAAGGGUACACAUGAACGGCCAGCGGGAGAUGUCGACGAGUAGAUUUUGAAAGCGCUGUCAGUUGCCGUGGCGUAUUGUUAAGGAGCAGAAAGUGAACAUGGCGUUUAUCACAAGCUCAGUUGUCUGGCCUUGGAUUGUGAAACUCUUAGAAACUUAUGGAAAUACAGAGGGCAGGCUGAGACCUGUCCAAGCGCAGGUCAUUGAGUUUGGGGACCUGGCUGACUACACGCACGAGGGGAAGGGAGUCGCAGCAGCUCUGGUGAACAUCUCCGAUUACGAGUUCUACAUCCCUGCCGUUAUCACACUGCAGGCCAAGCAGCUGCUGGAAGAAGAGGAAGACCAUUAUGAUUUGAGCAACCUCAAGAACAAAGACAUAGUUUUGAGAAAUUACAGAGUAGCGUUUCAAGAUGCAGCAGAGGAGUGCAAAUGUGAAUUCUUCAUCGUAAUCGAGAACUUCCGAAUUCUACCAAAAGAAACACAAACUGCCAACGUCUGCAGCUGUAAAAAGGCACAGUCAGUUCAGCAAAAGAUAAGACAAUUGUGGCUGUCCCGGGUGAGAAAAGACGACAUGAACGACACAGCCUACUCCGAGACAUCUCUCACUCAGAUGAUGGAUUACAUUCAGCAGAGAGAAAUCGAGCGGCUCUUUGACAUAGCGAUGGAGUGCCUGGACCUGGCAGCCCCCGACCCGGAACCCUCCACCUCCAGGGCUGCCCCCCGCAUUCCAGGGCUGGGACUCACAGGCUGGAGGGCAGAGCGGAGAGAACACAGGGACAGGAGACCGUUCUCACUCCCCGCUGCCCAUCUCAUCAUCCCUCCUGAGCAGAGAGAAAUCCUUGAGAACAUCCCAGAAUGGAGAGAUGAUUACGUACCUGCAGUCGAUACAGAGGGAGCUUCUGAUUCCGAGGAACAGACUGUCCUGUAUUUAACCAUUUCAUCAGAGUCUGAACCCGAACCAGAUGAGCAAACCCAUGCUGGGACAUCACACGACCCGUGGAGCGAGAUUCCAUCCAUGGACAUAAGCUUUUCAUCUGCUGGGACCCAACCCCCCGCAAGCCCUCCUGAAGCACAGAACAAAGAGGAAGGUGUCCAGGCAGCAGCCCUCCACAGCAGCCCACCAGUAAGCCUCAAACUCCCAACAGCCCUUCCCUGGAGCAACUCCCUUCCCAGUCAGCUGGGGACGCAGCAGGCUGACAACCCCAACAGCACGCUGCAGCUGUUCACAGACAGCAGCUCCUGCACUCGGGAGCCAGCUGAGAAGAUGGCAACAGUAGCCUCAGGGCAGCGAGUCUUGGAGCAUGAAUCAAUAAAAGCUAGCAUCACCAGUUACCAGAAACACCGGCAUGCCAACGUUUCCCCCGUACCCUCCUCUUCCAUGCUUCCCAGCGGCAGAGCACAAGCUUCGGGAGGCAGCUUGCCGGGGACAACAGUCAUCCCCAGAGACAGGUCUGUGACACCAUCUUUGUUCGAUCGCUGGAGCCCCACUGUGGCAGCAUCCAGCAGCGAUGAAGAGGUUGUAUUGAGAAGUAAACCAGCCAAGAGAAAGUGCCAGGUCGUGGAUUCAGACAGCGAAGAGAUCGUCUUUAAUACAGACGACGAAGAUGUGGUUAGGGCCCCAGAAAUCGUCAACCCCAGGAGGAAGCAGGUGCAACCGAAGCCUUGCUUGACGUUUUUGAAUGCAGAAAAGGCUGCAAAGAAUACUGUUACUGCUGGGAAGGCUGCCAAGAAUACUGUUACUGCUGGGAAGGCUACUUUGGGAGAAGUGGCCAAAUCCUGUAAAGAGCAAACUGUGACUUACCAGCAAGUUAGCAAAGCCAGCAACAAGAACGGGAACACCUCUGGAGCUGGAGAUCUCCAGAAACCUGCUGUGGUAAGCAGAACACUCAAAUCUGCAAACAAAUCACACAGCACUGCCGGUAUGGUUAAUUUGGAAGCAGUGGCAAAAUCCUGUAAAGAGCAAACUGUGACUAACCAGCAAGUUAGCAAAGCCAGCAACAAGAACGGGAGCGCCUCUGGAGCUGGAGAUCUCCAUAAACCAGCUGUGGUAAGCAGAACACUCAAAUCUGCAAACAAAUCACACAGCACUGCUGGGAUGGUUAAUUUGGAAGCAGUGGCAAAAUCCUGUAAAGAGCAAACUGUGACUAACCAGCAAGUUAGCAAAGCCAGCAACAAGAACGGGAGCACCUCUGGAGCUGGAGAUCUCCAGAAACCUGCUGUGGUAAGCAGAACACUCAAAUCUGCAAACAAAUCACACAGCACUGCUGGGAUGGUUAAUUUGGAAGCAGUGGCAAAAUCCUGUAAAGAGCAAACUGUGACUAACCAGCAAGUUAGCAAAGCCAGCAACAAGAACGGGAGCACCUCUGGAACUAGAGAUCGCCAGAAAACCGCUAUGAAACAUCGUGACGGGACCUCAUUUAUGUACGACUAUGAGCCUCCAUCUGCCGAGCUUGUAAAGCGGAUAAACUCACUAAGGGUCCCUGAUUCCCUUCUGAUUUGGGCCUGGCAAUACAUCUCCAAACCAGAUUGAUCACAAGGUGUGAUUCCGGUCGCUGUUGGUUGGACUACAAAAGAACAGCCGUGCCUGCGGCUGCUAAUCGACUUUAUAAUAGCUAACCUGUAAUAGGUGUUGACUCACGAUGCGCUCAAAGAGCUUGAUUCUGCUGUACAGAAGAUGAAUGCACUGCAGCACAAAGGCUUUAUUAGGGUCAGUUUUACACAAAGGGGGCAUUCCUUUUGUGGGCCUCCACAGCAAGUCAGAAAGCUAACAACAAACCAUUGCCAAACCAGUCAGAGCUCACUGAUUUGCACUAGGACCCAUUUAACAAAUCUGUUUUUACCAUGUGCUUCCUGUGGUGUGUAAGAGUAUAACUUGCAAACCACAUUUAUUUUGGUUAAAUGUUUUCCAGCCCUAAAAUACUGUAACACCUGAAGUAUCAGUUUUUGUCAGAUGCUGGGAACAGCAUGUUAGCAGGGGCAUGUUUCCGUUGAUUUGAUGUAAAAUUGUGGUAUGUUGUAUGGGCACUGCAGUUUCCUACACGGACAUCUGAGAGCUGCUAUUUGUUGUAACCUCCUUGGGUGUGAUUUCAUAACUUCAGUUUUGCUUUUUGUAUUUAACUGUCUUAAAGCGCUAUCUGUGUGAGUUCGGGUGUGCACUCUAAGCAAAGGUUGACGUGACAAUAAGGAGUCAGUACGAGAGAGAACUAAAAACAGGAAACGAUUUAGUUUAGACAUCAUUCUUUCUUGGGUGGGGUUUAUUGUGCAAUAACUGGUGUGUUAGAUUUCACAUAUAAAGCUCCUACAAGGUCUGAUUUUAAAACGUAAAGGUUUUUACUUGUUUAAUAAAGAUCUCCAUAGUCCUCCA